UAGAUAACCGGAUAACACAAGUGAUUUUUAACUUUUAACAUGAAAAAUGGCAAAUAAUUUUACAUUAAAUUUUAGAAACCACCGAAGUAAACAAAUUGUUUAUUCGUGAUUCAGUUAUUUUUUUAAAUUUCAUGGACAAUAUGAAAUUAUAUUAUCUACUAUCGUUCCUCGGCUGUGCGAAUUUCUUGAACAUUCAUGUGUGUCAGGCAAAUCAUUCGAAUAAUUGGGCAGUUCUUGUAGAUACGUCACGAUUUUGGUUCAACUAUAGGCAUGUAGCAAACGUUUUGUCCAUUUACAGAAGUGUGAAACGUCUUGGUAUACCGGAUAGUCAGAUAAUAUUAAUGGUUGCUGAUGACAUGGCAUGUAACCCUCGCAAUCCCAGUCCUGCGACUGUGUUCAAUAAUGCUGACCAACAGCUCAACGUCUAUGGAGACGAUGUUGAAGUCGAUUUUAGAGGCUAUGAGGUAACAGUUGAAAACUUUGUACGUUUAUUGACGGGUCGAUUACCUCCUGAUACACCUCGUUCAAAACAGUUGCUUACUGAUGAAGGUAGCAACAUCUUGAUAUACCUUACUGGCCAUGGCGGUGAUGGAUUUCUUAAGUUCCAAGAUUCUGAAGAAGUUACCAGCCAAGAGUUAGCUGAUGCUCUUGAACAGAUGUGGCAGAAAAGAAGAUACCACGAAAUAUUUUUCAUGAUUGAUACUUGUCAAGCUUCAUCGAUGUAUGAAAAAUUUUAUUCACCUAACAUCCUUGCAAUGGCUAGUAGUUUAGUUGGUGAAGACUCUCUUUCGCAUCAUGUAGAUCCAGCAAUUGGAGUGUACAUAAUUGAUCGUUACACAUUUUAUGCGUUGAAAUUUUUAGAGAAUGUUAAGCUGAAAAGUCGAAUUAGCAUGAAGAGUUUUCUGGGUGUUUGUCCUAAACAAGAUUGCAUUUCAACAGUGGGGGUAAGAAUAGACUUAUUUUACCGAGACCUUGCAAAAGUUCCAAUAACUGACUUUUUUGGAUCCGUUAGACCAGUUGAAUUGACAUUUGACUUCUUAGAUAUUUCAAAUACACCAUUAUAGAAAAUAUUUGUUAAUAUUGUUCUGUGUACAAUUAUUUAUACUUGUAUUUAACUUGUAUAUAAUUUUAAAUGUUUUGUUCAAUAUUUGUGAGCAGGUUAUUUCAUAACAUUUUAUAUAUUGCUAAAUCAUGUAAUAAAUACUUUAUUUAUUUA